AUUUCUUCUUCCACCAUAAAUCUCAUCUCUCACUCCUAAAACCUUUCGUUAAAGACGCACCCACUAAAAGAAGUCGACUUUUCCAAAUAUUUCACACAACAAGUCAAACUCCAAAAGUGACAGUUCCAAGUAAACGAGCUCUUCCUGAUCUUGGAACUUCGUCAAUGGAGAAGAAGAAGAAGAAGAAAAAGAUAAUUAUGAACCUCCACUCUCUCUCUCUUCUUUCUACUUUCUCUCUCCUCCUGAAUUCCAUCGUUGAAGCCUCCUUCACUCCCUCGGACAACUACCUCCUCAACUGUGGCUCCCCCUCCAACGCAACUCUCUUCAACCGGGUCUUCCUCGGCGACUCGUCCAAACCCGGUUCGGCUUUUCUCUCCUCGGACCCGUCCUCCGUGCAGCUCAAGAACCGGAACCCGCCGCCGAACUCGUCGGCUCUCUACAGCACGGCCAGAGUCUUCAAAACGGCGUCGCUUUACACCUUCCGCAUCCGGAAAAACGGCACUCACAUAGUACGUUUCCACUUCUCUCCUUUUGUUGCUCCAGAUUUCUCCUUAAAGUCUGCGAAUUUCACGGUUUCUGUUGAUGGGAAUUUGGUUUUGAGAAAUGUUUUCAACGUUAGAGAUUCAGACAUUCUGGUCAGAGAGUACAUAUUGAAAGUAAAUAAAGACAAGCUUGAGAUUUUGUUCACUCCUGUCGGUGAUCCUGGCUUUGCUUACGUUAAUGGAAUCGAAGUUUUCUCUGCUCCCGACGACUUUAUUGUCGAUUACGGUGCUAAAUUUGUUAGCUCCGAGGGAGUUGAGGAGCACAAGAAUCUGUCUUCACAGGUUUUCGAGACUGUUCAUAGGAUUAAUGUCGGAGGCUCAAAAUUGACGCCUUUUAAUGACACUCUGUGGAGGACUUGGCUUCCUGAUAAGGAAUAUCUUGUUCUAGAAUCUUCUGCUAAGCCUGCAAUUAGCACUGAUAUUCCAAAUUAUCAGGAAGGAGGUGCGAGUAGGGAGAUUGCUCCUGAUAAUGUUUACAUGACGGCUCAGGAAAUGAACAAGACUAAUUUUAUUUUGGACGCGAGAUUCAAUGUCACGUGGAAGUUUCCAGUAGGUUCUGGAGGUGUUAGACACUUGGUUCGUUUGCAUUUUUGUGAUAUAGUUAGCCCUGGGCUUAAUUUACUCUACUUUAAUGUGUACAUCAAUAGUUAUUACGCCUAUAGGGAUCUUGAUUUGUCGGUUCUUACGGUUCAUGUGCUUGCAUCUCCGAUUUAUAUCGAUUUCAUCGUCGAUUCGGAUGAUUCGGGGUUUAUGCAAAUCAGUGUUGGUCCUUCUGAUCUUAGUCCUCCUUCGAGGAUUAACGCCAUUCUUAAUGGCGCAGAGAUCAUGAGGAUGGUGAAUGUUGACGGUUCGCGACCGGGGGAUGGUGGAGACAAUAAGAAGACUGUUUGGAUUUUGGUGGGCUCAAUUGUUGGAGGUGUUGUUCUCCUGUGUUUGGCAGUAAUUGGGAUCCUAUGCUGUUUGAGACGAAAGAAGAGGAAGCCGAAACGGAGGCCUGCAGAAAGCGUGGGUUGGACGCCUUUACGAGUGUUUGGAGGGAGUUCACUUAGUAGAAUGUCUGAGAGAACCACACUUGCAUCUCCAAAUGGAUAUCUUGGUCUGAGAAUUCCUUUCGCUGAUAUACUUUUGGCGACAAACAAUUUUGACAAAAGUCGGAUUAUAGGCUCUGGUGGAUUUGGUAUUGUGUACAAAGGGGCUCUUAGGGACAACACAAAAGUAGCGGUGAAGAGAGGUAUGCCAGGAUCUAGGCAGGGCCUUCCCGAGUUCCAAGCCGAGAUAACAGUUUUGUCAAAAAUUCGCCACCUCCAUCUCGUUUCACUUGUUGGAUACUGCGAAGAACAAGCGGAAAUGAUACUAGUUUAUGAGUACAUGGAAAAGGGAACUUUGAGAAAUCACUUGUAUGGCUCGGGUCUUCCACCUUUGUCAUGGAAGAAACGGCUUGAAAUAUGCAUUGGUUCAGCAAGAGGUUCAGCACAGGGAAUCAUCCACCGUGACAUCAAAUCGACCAACAUUUUGCUGGACGAAACCUACGUGGCAAAGGUGGCUGAUUUCGGCCUCUCAAGAUCUGGUCCAUGUCUGAAUGAAACGCAUGUAAGCACUGGCGUCAAAGGCAGUUUUGGCUAUCUUGAUCCUGAGUACUUCCGCAGGCAGCAACUGACAGACAAGUCAGAUGUUUACUCAUUCGGGGUUGUCCUUUUAGAAGUUCUCUGUGCUAGACCGGCCGUUGAUCCGUUACUCGCAAGAGAACAGGUGAAUUUGGCUGAGUGGGCACUUCAAUGGCAAAAGAAAGGCAUGCUCGAGAGGAUCAUCGAUCGCCGCCUUGUUGGACAGAUUAAACCGAGCUCUUUGAAGAAAUUCGGAGAAACGGCUGAGAAAUGUUUGGCCGAGUAUGGUGUUGAUAGGCCAACCAUGGGUGAUGUGUUGUGGAAUUUGGAACAUGCUCUUCAGCUUCAAGAAGCUGAACCAAGAAGCAGAGAAAGGGAAGAAGAUGCCAAUGCUGAUUCACAUGAGCUUCUUCCAUCAACUAGAACUGAUCAUGAGUCUCCUCACAGCAACACUAGAACAGAGGAAACUAAUGGUAAUGGCAGUUUAGAAAUCAAUUCCAGCCAAGUAUUUUCCCAAUUGCUGACCAAUGAUGGCAGAUAACUCUAUUCUCAUAUGCUCCAAUAUCCAAUCCAUCUAUCACAUAUCUUGCUGAGCAACAAAUAUUAGAGGUAUCAGUAUAAUAUUUAACCUAAAGUUUUAUUCCUUUGUUUCACCAUUUUUCUUUUUGAUUGCAAUACAUACUUCUAUAUUACAAAUUUCUAUGGAACAUAAUAAAUGGGCUUCUUUACUAUAUAGGCUAUUUGUUCAGUGCCUAAAUAUUGUAUCUGUAUUUUUGUAUGUGGUUCUCUCUCUUGUAUGUAUUAGACUCCAUGAUCCAAAAUUUACCGGACUGGUACCAAGUUUUAUUUUGGUUGUUAUUUUGUUUCAUCAG